AUGCCAAGUCUUUUGCAGGUGGCUUUUCCUAAGGCAUCGGUGGGCUUUAUGAUCACCGGUUUUAGCCCAGAAAAGUUCACUCUUGCCUUUUGGAAAGCUAUGACGCACUACCCUUAUGCCGGUAUUUCUGAUGGCCGGAUAAUCAAGUGGCUUCCAGAUGAGGGGCGUUGGACCAAUUUUGCUAUAACAACCCCACACAGAUCUGGUUGUGAAGGUCCACAAGACAAUGUUCUAACCGAGUCAAAAUGUGGGCGACCACUUGGUCUAUGUUUCAAUCAGAAGUAUGGAAAUCUGUACAUUGCGGAUGCUUAUAUGGGUCUCUUAGUUGUAGGUCCUAAUGGUCGAUUGGCUGCAUCAUUAGCAAAGGAAGCUGAAGGAGUUCCUUUCAAAUUCACCAAUGAUGUAGUUGUUGAUCAAAAUAGUGGCAUCGUCUAUUUCACUGACAGUAGUGCAAUAUUCCAAGAAGAUUUUGCUCUAGUGAUACUUACUGGAGACAACUCGGGAAGGUUACUGAAAUUUGAUCCAAAGACUAAUCAAGUAACCGUUCUCCUGAAGAAUCUCAUGUUUCCAAAUGGAGUGGUAUUGAGCAAAAAUAAUGAUUUUCUGCCGGUUGCUGAAACCACAAAUUGUAGAGUAUUGAAGUAUUGGCUUGAACCAUCGAAAGCUGGGACAGUUGAAAUCUUUGCCAAGCUUCCAGGAAGGCCGGACAACAUCAAAAGAAACCAAAAUGGAGAAUUUGGGUGGCAGUUGUUUCACUGGAGAACGUGUUUAAUCCAUUCGGAUCGAUAG